AUGUUGUAUAGUUGGCUUCAAUGUGUUCCUUCAAUCUUUUAUGUUUGUAUAUGCCAUGACAGAAAUGUAGAUAGUUGGCUUCAAUGCGUUCCUUCAAUCUUUGAUGUUUGUUUGUGCCGUGACAGAACUGUAGAUAGUUGGCUUCAAUGUGUUCCUAUAAUCUUAAAUGUUAUUGUGUGCCAUGACAGAACUGUAGAUAGUUGGCUUCAAUGCUUUCCUUCAAUCUUUAAUGCUUGUUUGUGCCGUGACAGAACUGUAGAUAGUUGGCUUCAAUGUGUUCCUUCAAUCUUUUAUGUUUGUGUGUACCAUGACAGAACUGUAGAUAGUUGGCUUCACUGCUUUCCUUCAAUCCUUGAUGUUUGUGUGUACCAUGACAGACCUGUAGAUAGUUGGCUUCAGUGCGUUCCUUCAAUCUUUGAUGUUUGUUUGUGCCGUGACAGAACUGUAGACAGUUGCCUUCAAUGUGUUCCUUCAAUCUUUUAUGUUUGUGUGUGCCAUGACAGACCUGUAAAUAGUUGGCUUCAAUGUGUUCCUUCAAUCUUUUAUGUUUGUAUAUGCCAUGACAGAACUGUAGAUAGUUGGCUUCAGUGCGUUCCUUCAAUCUUUGAUGUUUGUUUGUGCCGUGACAGACCUGUAGAUAGUUGGCUUCAGUGCGUUCCUUCAAUCUUUGAUGUUUGUUUGUGCCGUGACAGAACUGCAGAUAGUUGGCUUCAAUGUGUUCCUUCAAUCUUUUAUGUUUGUGUGUACCAUGACAGACCUGUAGAUAGUUGGCUUCAAUGCGUUCCUUCAAUCUUUAAUGUUUGUUUGUGCCGUGACAGAACUGUAGAUAGUUGGCUUCAAUGUGUUCCUUCAAUCUUUUAUGUUUGUGUGUGCCAUGACAGACCUGUAAAUAGUUGGCUUCAAUGUGUUCCUUCAAUCUUUUAUGUUUGAAUAUGCCAUGACAGAACUGUAGAUAGUUGGCUUCAGUGCGUUCCUUCAAUCUUUGAUGUUUGUUUGUGCCGUGACAGAACUGUAGAUAGUUGGCUUCAGUGCGUUCCUUCAAUCUUUGAUGUUUGUUUGUGCCGUGACAGAACUGUAGAUAGUUGGCUUCAAUGCGUUCCUUCAAUCUUUGAUGUUUGUUUGUGCCGUGACAGAACUGCAGGUAGUUGGCUUCAAUGUGUUCCUUCAAUCUUUUAUGUUUGUGUGUACCAUGACAGAACUGUAGAUAGUUGGCUUCACUGCUUUCCUUCAAUCUUUUAUGUUUGUGUGUACCAUGACAGACCUGUAGAUAGUUGGCUUCAAUGUGUUCCUUCAAUUUUUCAUGUUUGUGUGUACCAUGACAGAACUGUAGAUAGUUGGCUUCACUGCUUUCCUUCAAUCUUUUAUGUUUGUGUGUACCAUGACAGACCUGUAGAUAGUCGGCUUCAAUGUUUUCCUUCAAUCUUUCAUGUGUGUGUGUACCAUGACAGACCUGUAGAUAGUUGGCUUCACUGCUUUCUUUCAAUCUUUGAUGUUUGUGUGUACCAUGACAGAACUGUUGAUAGUUGGCUUCAGUGCGUUCCUUCAAUCGUUUAUGUUUGUUUGUGCCAUGACAGAACUGUAGAAAGUUGGCUUCAAUGCUUUCCUUCAAUCUUUUAUGUUUGUGUGUAUCAUGACAGACCUGUAGAUAGUUGGCUUCAGUUCAUUCCUUCAAUCAUUUAUGUUUGUGUGUAUCAUGACGGACUUGUAGAUAGUUGGCUUCAGUGCUUUCCUUCAAUCUUUUAUGUUUGUGUGUAUCAUGACAGACCUGUAGAUAGUUGGCUUCAGUGCUUUCCUUCAAUCUUUUAUGUUUGUGUGUAUCAUGACAGACCUGUAGAUAGUUGGCUUCAGUGCUUUCCUUCAAUCUUUUAUGUUUGUUUGUGCCAUGACAGACCUGUAGAUAGUUGGCUUCAGUGCUUUCCUUGAAUCUUUUAUGUUUGUGUGUAUCAUGACAGACCUGUAGAUAGUUGGCUUCAGUGCUUUCCUUCAAUCUUUUACGCUUGUGUGUGCUAUGACAGACCUGCAUUAGACCAUAUCCAAAUACUUCCUUUUUAAUGCAAAUUGUGUGAGUGGCGGGUGCUACCUGUGUAGCAGGUCAUGCUUUCCUUUUCCGCUAGUUUUCAGUAAUCUAUUCAUAUCUUUUUAUCACUAUGUUGCUUUUGCGCCCAAGAGACGAAUCGAAUUUACUGUUUUUGGAGAUAAUUCUAGCACCAACAUUAUCUGAUAGAUUCUUUCAGCUUCUUUUGGAAACUGAACAGUCAUCUUUGAUGGAAAAUUUAAAUUUAAAGAUUAAAAAUGAAAAAUUAUUACCUACAUGUACGAGGGCAAACAUAUAGGGGUUCAUAAAAAUCAUAUGUGCCCUAUGAUCAUAUCACGUCACGAGACAACAGUGUAUUGUUUCCGUCAUCCGGAAGGCAUUGUUGACGUCAUUCGAUUCUUUUUGUGACGUGAGAUCUGAAAGACGCCACACUAGAAACGACGUCAUAUUUGAAGAUGAUAAAUUGUGGUCCCGCUGCUGUUGCGACUUUCUGUCCUUAUAGAUACACACUAAAAUUCGUUUCGGUGUGUAGAUAUCUUCUUCGGUAAUAAAUAGAACAUUAUAUUCGUCUUCAUGUCAUACUAUGUUUACGACACUCGUGCCCAAAUUCAUUGUCGUAAACUUAGUAUGAGGCGUACACUCAUAUAAUAUCCUCUAUGAUUGUCAUGAUUGUUUUCUGGACAUAUUGUUACAGAUGACUUUCAGCAUGCAUAUUGUCAUCUAUCAGUGCAACUGCUGGUAUGAUCAUAUAGGGAAACACUGCUAAGAUGUGUUAAAGCGCCGAUAUCACGUCCUUGACAUCAUGAAUAUUUAUCCAAGUGUUUAUACUGUUUCUAACUACAUUGUUAUAUUCCUAAUGCCUAUUCAUGUAAAUAUUUGUCCCGCUUAGUUCCACUGGGAACGGCUUGUAUACUUUUAUCUGUGUUUCAAAGUGGAUAACUAAUUUUUUGUACAUUAGGUGAGACUUUAAUAAAAUAUAUGUCUGUC